AUGGAAGUGGCCGCUAUCGAGGGAUUGCCGCCCUCGUGCUACUAUAUUCCCAACUUCAUCACUCCUACCGAAGAAGAGCAAAUCAUUGCGGACAUUCGGAAACUACCUCAAUCGAGAUGGACCUUCUUGACCCAUCGAAGACUGCUGUCUCUGCCCUCGAGCCUAAGCGGGUCUUCUCGCGACACUUUGCUGGACGCACCGUUGCCAGGCUACCUCAGGUCCACAGUCUCCCGGCUGAAGGACCACAAAUUCUUCGAACAUUCCACACAUCAGGCACCAAACCACGUCUUGAUUAACGAAUACAAGCCCGGCGAAGGCAUCAUGUCUCAUGAGGAUGGUCCAGCGUAUAAUCCUAUAACUGCCACCAUAAGUCUGGGCAGCCAUACCGUGCUUGAGGUCCACAAGAAGAAUGAACAAGGCGAACGAGAAGCAAAGCCUACCUGGCGUAUUCUACAGGAGCCUCGAAGCCUGCUCGUUACAACUGGUGAGAUGUACGUGCAGACACUCCACGGUAUUUCCGAGGUAGAGACAGACGAAGACUUAGAUGAAGACCAUAUCGUGAAUUGGCAUCGUUUGGGAGAUAUGAAACAGUACGAGUCCGGCAGAGCCACGAGACAAACACGAAUCAGUCUCACUCUCCGGGACGUUAUCAAAGUCGCCAAACUGGGAGGAGCCAUGAAACUCAUCAACAGAAGACCAUGA